CUAAACCAAAAAAUAAACAAAACUAAUAUAUAAAAUGUGACUUAUUUGUCAAUUAAAAUCAAGAAAAGUACUUAAAGUGCGAAAAAAUGCAAAGACAGCUGUUCUUUAAGAAUCAACUUUAAAAUUAGAGUUGUAUUCCCUUUAUUAUAUAAAAUUUAAUGUUUAUACUGAAAAAGAACAACCACACCGUUCAUUAAAACUGUCAGAAAUAAAUGUUAAAUACUUGCAUAAGUUUACUAAUUAAACCUCCGUCUCUUGUUGUGUGAUGAUAUGCAAGUUAAUCAGCAGACUGAACCGUGUGUACGGAUAGCAUUUCAACUCCCAGAUGAUGCGGUGGACAUAUUACGCCAAUUGGCUUCCGAGAACCAUGCGGCUUUAGAUGCCCUCGGAAUAUUAAAAGUAGAGGUAGAAGGGGAAUCUGUGAUAUCGGUUAAAAUAUCCGAACAAUUUUAUGAAAUCAGAACAGAUAAUGUUGAAACUGAGGUGGCUGGAACCUCCUCCAAUAAUGUUUCUUCUAAUAAAAGGGAGCAUUUGAGUGAUUUAUCGCAGAUAUUAACUGGAAAUAAUAAUUCACUCACAUGUUUUCCGGAAAGUUCCAGUAUCAACUCAUUUUUGACCCAGCAGAGACUUACGAUGGUGCCAAAUGCUGAAAUUGGAACAAAUGAUGCUUUAUCAUCUCCGCAACAGCAACAGCAAAUGAUCCAGCAAAAAAGAAAUUUACUUUUAGGAGGGCCAAGUACUAGCAGUGCAGCACAGGCAACUUUGCUGCAAAAACGGCAACAGCAAUUGCAAGAACUUGGCUUAAAUGCUGGUACAGUUCCAACUGUGUUUAAAUCGCCAAAUACCGUCUGUCCAAUGGAUGGAAAAGUACCGGUUCCUCUUUUACAAUUAAACUCAAAUACAAACGUAAAUGUGCGUGAUUUUCCUUUUGAAAGUAUGAGACAGGCACGAGUCUUACAGGGUCGUGAAAGUGCAUUAAAUUCGGGAACUUCGAAUUCAAGUACAACAUUACCACCAGGGACAACAUCCAUUAUGCAAACUCCACAAGCACUGCAACAACAGUUGAUUAAUAAUAUAGUACAUCCGCCCAAUGUAGCAUUAAAAGUAAUCAAGAAUCCUCAGGGUGGAGAAAUUUUAUCAACAUCUGUUUCACCAACAAGUAGUAAAUCUCAAUUUUUACAACCUCCCCCACCGCCUUAUCCUGGUGUUGCUGAUACCUCAUCUGUUCCCUUACAUCCGAACAAGCCAGCCCAAAAUUUUUCACAAUUAAACACAUCCGCUUCUGUUCCAGUUACGCAAACAGAAAGUGUAUGCACAAACAAUAUUACUUCAUCACCACUACUUGUAAAUUUGUUGCAAAAUGAUGGUAACGCAUCUGCGAAUCAAGUUAAACAAAUUGCUUCAUCGCAACAACUUAUACAAUUAAACAAAUUACCAUUAACAAGUAUUAACUCGAAAUCAGUAAAUUUCCAACAACAGCAACAGCAACAGCAGUCACAAAUUUUAAAUCCGUCGAUGCGUUCACCAAAUACAAAUGAGUUUCUAAUAACUCAACAAUUAACACAGGCAGACAAAAUAUUAAGUCCAACUCCACCAUCAAUGAACGUGGCUUCAUCACCCCCAGUUAAUACAAAAGCGCGAAACAUUUUGCAACAACCAGUCAUGCCUACGACGAAUAAUAGUUUGUAUGCCCAACAACAACAGCGAUAUCAACAACAAAGUUCGCCUCAAGAGACAGCCUUGUUACAACAACAAGUGCAGAGGCAGAACCAUGUACAGGUAACCGCUAUACCACAGCAGCGUUAUAUACAGCGACAACAGUAUCAGCAACAAAUAUCACAACCACCAAGUGGUGUUAAUUCUAUGCUAAAUGCUCAGCAAACACAACAACAGGUGAGAUCAGUCAGACCUGGACUAUUCGUGCAACAACAGCAGCAGCGUCAACAAAGAUUAAUGGGAAAUACACAGAAACCACAACAACAACAGCAGCAACAACAACAGCAGCGAACACAACAUUUUAUAGCUACAGAAGGAACAGCACAAGUAACAGCACACUCACCAUCUUCCAGUCAUCAUUCAAUGCACAGUCCUUUAAUGUCUACACACCAGCAACUGCUAUCUCCAUCAACAACGCCUUCACAAUCCCCACAUUCUCAUCAGCAACAGCAGCAAAUGCAAUUACAACAACAGCAACAGCACUUACCAGCAACUUCAUUAAAUGCGUCUCCAUUAAUAGGUGCUUGUUCAAAUAACUCACACAACACCUUUCUUCCACCUCCUGAAUAUAAUCAGGCUGCUUCGCCGCGGUGGUCGGCACUAAAGCCAAUGGACUCUGUUACUAAAAGCAGUUUUCAAGAAUUUACACGCUAUCAAAUGCAAUAUAAUUUACAGCAACAGAAGAUAAGUAAUAAACAAAUUCAGGAUCAAAAUCCAAAUAUCUAUCAACAGCAGCCUGUAAAUGAAGACACAAAAUCGUUGCUUAAUAAUAACGAGUCAGCGUCAUCAUCAUUAAUAGAGAAUGCAAAUGCAAGUAGUACGACAGAUCCUUUAAUAACAUUAUCCGAUUUGGAUGCAUUAACUACAAAUGAUUUAGAAGCCCUAUUACCUACAUUAGGCUGCGACUUAGAUUCAAAUCUUAGUCUAGAAGAUAAAAACGAACUUGAAUCAUUAUUGCAAGAUGCCAAAGAUUUGGAUUUGGAUCUUAUAGAAGAGAAUCUUUCGGCUGUGGGCGUAGAUCUAGACGACACAACUGCGGCGGCAACAUCAAUUCUUGAAACAGAUGCAGUACUAGCACCAAAUGUUUCCCUAAAUAUGAACACUACAAAUAUGAGACAACACAUCGCUCAGCAACUAUUGCAGCAACCAUCUGUUAAUAAUCCGAGUUUACAACAGCUUGAAAUUUCACAACAAAUACAACAGCAAAUAGCACAAGUUGCAUUGCUACGUCAACAGCAACAGCCAAAUCUAACCAUGAAGUUUCAAAAUCAGUUGUCCCAAACGCAAAUACCGCAACAGCAAUCAGAACAAAUCACUGAGAAUAAACCUCCAAUAUUAAAUACACAACAACGUAAUACAGUGCAACAACAAAUUCAUAUGCGAAACAACAAUUCGGUUAAUAAUUGCAUUAUACACACAACAUCUACAUCAUCUUCUCAAAAGCAGUUUUUAAUAAAUCCUUUGACGGGUGAAUUGGAGCCUAGCCCGAGUGAUGAUAGCGAAACUGAGGGUGAGCAAGAAACUGCACAACAUAAAACCUUAUCAUCAUUAACAUCAAUAUCAUCAGCACCUAUUGCCAACUUUGAUCACAUAAACGAAAUUCCUUCCAACACCGUAUAUUCAGAAGAUUCUAACUCUUGCAGCACAGCAUCUAAGAUAUCAACAGUUGAACAGAAUUAUGGAAUUUGUUUAGGCCUAAGCAGUGAUACAGAUCGUUCUCACGAUUCAAUUAUUUCAAAUAAAUCAAGUCGCAGUAGUAAGGCCACUAACCAAAUGUGUAAUAAAAUGGGUGUUAAUCUGGGCGUAGGGGGUAACAUAAGUCUGGGUGCAAAUUAUGUUAAUGAUGCUUCUCCUCGAUCUACGAAUAGUUCACCAUUGACAAUAACUUGCAUGCAAAGAAAUAUAUACAAUAAAAAAGCUAAACCAAAUUUUUUACGUAAUAAGCUGCAACAUGGAACCAAGGAAAAAAAAAAAGAAAGUUCAUGUUCAUCAAAAUUAAAGCGGGAAAAAGCUAAGGUUAUUAAAUCGAAAUUAGCAAAUGAUACUACUAUGAAUUCCACAACAUGUGUUUCAUCCGAAAUAUCUAUUUCCGAAGCGUUACCAGCUAAUGAGAAAAUAAAGCUGCGACUUAAAUUAGAGAAAUCGGAACCUGUCUCACCCGCCUAUAAGGUGGAUGUUUCAUUCGUUCAGUCACCAAAGUCAUCGGAAGUAUCAAUGUCAAUGAACAUGGGCGCUGAUAUUGGAAAACUAAAUCCACAUCAAUAUAAAAAUAACACACAAUUUCUACAAACAAAUGCAAUUCAACAACAAAUACAGCAGCAAAAUAUAACAAAUGCAACCCAACAACAAAUUGGUCAAGCUCAUGAAGCCCAUCAACAACAAGAGCAACAACAUACUUUGCGAAAUUUCGCUGCACCUCAAGUUAAUAAAGCUACAAAUAAUAUAUCAUCGGGGGUGGAGGAACCUCGGGUUCCACCUCUGCACAUAAGUUUGCGUGGUGGUAAAAACUCAAUAGUUAUAAAAAGUAAUAGAAAAGAUCGGAAGAAAGAGAAUUCAAUUAACUGUGAUGGUGAUGAAGAUGAUAUAAAAAGUAAAUUGUUACGACGUGAAGUCACAAUGACAAAUGAUGAACAACAGCAGGUACAGAAACAACAUCAGCAACAGCAACAACAACAGCAAAUGCAAUUAACGCAAACAGAAAGUGUAAAUUCUGCUAAACUUAAGAAGUUAUUCCCACUGUGUAAUGGUAGUAUUACAUUAGAAACAACGACUGGUAAUGAUAUAAAUUUUAAUGUACACACUAAGAACAUUGUUGGUACCGCAGCUUCAACUACUAGUUCGGCAACAAUAACGCAAAUAUCUGCCAAAGGUGGGCUUACUAUAAACACAUUAACGCCACCUAACACAAAAAAUUCGACGGUUGAGAAUAAUUUAACCAUUGGAUCUAUUGGUUCAACAAACGUUGGCACACUGCAACAUUCGCAGCAGCAACAACUGUCGAGGAUCUCAACAAAUUUACCUAGCAGCAUUACCUUAAGUACAGUCCAAGGAAAUGGUACUGGAAACUUUGCAAGCCGGGUAAUUACCAAUCUAAAUUUAAAUAAUGCUUUAAAAACAAGUGCGACAAUAACCCCAGUUAAUAGUGGAAAGCCUGCAACAAAAAACUACAAACCUCCAUCGUAUAUAACGGCGGUGCAACAAUUACAAAUGCAAAAACAAAAACAACUCGCAGCUAAUGUGCAAAAACAAGUACAGCAGCAACAAGUAGUGGCAGUAGCUGCGACAAUGUUACCGACAUCUACAACACUGAAAAGGGUUGAUAUUAGCAAAAGUGACAAUUCAGCAGCAGACGCGGCUAAAGAAAUCUUGAUUUCAAAAAAUAAAGUAGUACCAACAUCAAAAAUGGGCUCAGCAGUGCUAACAGCACCAUCGUUAUCAACAACAAAUGCGCUACUACCAAACACUACAGUUAUGGGGACAACAGCAAUACUUCCCUCUACAACUACAAUAUUGGCAACUUCAAGAAUUGAACCAUUCGAAAAGUCUGUUACAGUUGUUUCAAAUGAUUGCAUUUAUACAAAUCCGAGCGUUAUAACAAGCCAAACCAGUAGUAUAAAUAUUAUCAAUACCACAGCUUCAAUAACAACGGUUCCAACAUCACUAAGUACAGCGUCUGUAAAUCCAGUUUUAUUGAGAAGCACAAUAAAUACUGCAAAUCAUAAUAAUAGUGCAACGGGUCAAGGUGGCGGCGAGGAUAGUGGCAUUGAAUCAAUGGACGCUUCAUCCGAAAAAAGUCCCCACCAACAGUCAUUAUGCAGUCCCGCACAUCAACAGGUGGUAGAAAAAAUUCCUCUUCCCAGCUCAAUUAUUGUAAAUUCAGAUUUAUGCAGAAGGGAAAUCAAUAAAGUAAACUAUAAUGUAAAAUCAACAGUUGAACAAAUAUUUGAACAGAAAAUGCCAAUCCAAAUAAAUCAGAAACAAUUGAAUAAAAUUAGUUUGGUAACAGCGGAUCCUAACGAUGAAAGAGAGAAGGUUUUACAUAAAAUUGAUGGUGCUGUUGAUGACAAAACUCAUAUAAAAUCUGAAAAUAAUACUGUUACAAUAGAGAGGUCUGAACAAAAAAUAAAUGGACAAUCUUUUGAGGAUUUCAAAGAUAAUAAUGAUUUCAUGUUAAAAAAUUUAAAUAGAAACGAUGGAGAAAAGCUAGAAUUAACAAAACCUUUUACAAUAAACAACACUGUAGGAGAAAUAAAGGACAAUAUCAAGCAAGUACAGAAACCUAAUGUGAGUACUUUAAACAUAGAGAAAGUAAAUAGAAAUAAAGCGGUUACUUGUGCUCCUGUUCCAAUAAAAACUGUUACCACAAAUUCGGAGAGUAAAAUUGAGUCUGACACUAACAGUAACAAAGCGACUGGAAGUACGGCAAAAACUAUACCCAAUUCUGCAGUUACUAUAACAAUAACCAAUAAUCCUGUAACAAAUAUAGACAAUUUAAAUUCAGUUGAUGUGACAGAAAACUCGCAACUAGUGCUCCAACCUAUUUCUAUUGAAAUACCAAUUCAAUCAGAAAAUGAAUUACCAAGGGUACGUACUCGUGCAAGUAGUAGACUAGAAAGCCCUUUAGAUGCGAAUAAAUGCCCCAGCACUAUUAUUGGUAGCGACGCAAACUUAAAUAAUAAUAAACAUAUAUUAGGUACUCGUUCUGCAAUUAAUGAACGCGUAAGUAUUAGUCCCAAAUUAAAUGCAAAUACAACUACUACAACUACAGUCAUAACAUCAUCUUUAAAUAAACGGACGCGAAGAGAAUCAGAAGGUAGCAAUGGCGGCAGUGAAACCGAACCAAAACGGCCGUGCAACAACAACAUUGAGUCCAGCAAUGCUAUUACUGAAGCUGAAACUAAAAAAAAUGAAACAGAGAUGAGUACCACUGCAAGACCUCUAUCAACUCUCAUUGGAACAUUAACUGAUGCUAGUACCAUAACAACAGAUUUAGGUAAGACUGCUACAAAUAAAAUGGAAGAAUCUUCUGAUUCAGAUGAGCCACUAAUCGAAGUAGCGGAAAAAGUUCGCAAUUCUAAAGCAGCAACAGGCAGCCAUGAGUCUGUAGCGACAAUACCAGCAACAUUAGAAACGACACCAAAUAUUUCAAUUGCUACUGAGAAAAUUGCUAAAAGCAACCGGUCAUAUCAAUAUCAAAACAAAACUACGCAUAUAAUAACUGGUACUUCUACUACAAUAACAUCAACUACUAUUACGCCAACUUUGGGUAAUAAUAUUCCUUCUCCCACAACUGUUGCUGCAAAAAAUCGCAGGAUCAGCUCUAACAGUAACAAUUCCUCAACAAUUAUUUCAACUACCAAUAACAAUGUUUCAAAUCACACUAAUCAUAGUAUAACGAAUGCCCCAAUAUCUGGGCAUGUCACACGAGGAGCUGCCAAUGCGUUACUAUCUAGUAACGUUUCUAGUGUUAUCAACCCAUCAACUAAUAGUAAUAGUAACAGUCCAACAGAUGAAAAAAUAGCUACAAGACGAAGUGUUCGAGCUAGUGCAGCGGCUAACAAAAUUAUAUAUAGUCGAGGAAAUCACACUGUGACCACAGCUGUUAUUGAAACAAAAACAUCGCAAACUAAAGCAACUCAUGUAACUGGAGAAACUGUAGCUGAAGCACGACGAAAAACUAGAAGUGCAGUUAUCGGUGAAGGUUUACUAACAGAAGGACGUCGGAGAAGAGGAUCACGAGACUUCAAGUGACCAACGUCUUGCGUGUCGGCUUU